AUGGACCGGUCAUCAGCUGACCGUGGCCGUCGCAUGCGCUCUACUGAUGAUUUCGACGUAACUUCUCCAAACAGAGGAAGCGACAACGAGGGACCGCCUAUCAACCCAGCCAUCAACAGAGCCCGGACAUUCGCUCAAGCGGAACCAUCACCCAGCACGGGCAUUCGCCGUCGGGGUACGACAACGAGUUUUCGUCCACGAAACAGAUCACUAGUCCGAAGAGCAACUGGAACGAGUUUUGGAAACGAUGAGCAGUUUAGUCUUGCUGGGCCUCAAGAUGUUGUUGCCGUCGCUCAUCAGCAUGUUCCAUACGUGGACCCUGGAUACGCUCAGCUAAAUCCAGCAUACACCCAGCCCAUGCAUGCUAAGCCGGUGUGGUCAUUGGCGAAGCCUUUGCCUAGGGUUGUCAGACCUGGUAUGGUACCGACUGCUAGCGAAAUCAACAACAUCAAUCAGCAAGCGGGAGACUCUGAAAUUACCGAAGGCGAUGUGGAACAAGGACCGGAGCCCACACUUCGUCUUGGUCGCGUAUCCGACAAACUUCAAGCUGUUCGAGCAGAACGUGAACGACGCUUUCUGGAAGGCCGGACUGGAUCCAGGAGGGUUGGAAGGUCCAGAGCAGAUUCCCAGUCCUCGAUGAACUCACAAAAUGCACAACUUCGUCCCGAGACUAGUGCUCAACAGGGCAGUACCAAUGUCGAUGUCCUACCUGAUGUAGCCGAAGAACAGGAACCUGCCGACCAUGAACAGUUCCCGGAAUACGACGAAACCUUCGACCCUGCGCAGACUUACCGUCCAGCUUACCGUCCAACUUACGAGUUUGAUGACAGCUUUUCUGCAAAGACGGCGCUGGAUAACAUCCCUAGUGAUGACGAUCUUACCCUCACCAACAACAACGCCCUUGAAGAUGAAGUCUACAACGCUCACACACAUUGGAGCGUCGUGCGUCAUCGCUUUCGUCAAGAGCUUGCGGAAUUUCUUGCUGUCAUUGUCCAACUGACUCUGGGAUUCUGUGCCGACUUGUCAGUCACCCUUGGAGGUGCUGCAGCAAACAACGCCAUUNUUGCCUCUGUUGCGUGGGGGUUCGCCACAAUGAUUGGCAUUUACAUUGCUGGUGGCCCUUCAGGUGCUCACCUGAACCCCGUGGUCACCAUUGUCCUCUACAUUUUCCGCGGUUUCCCCAAACGUCAGAUGGGAGGCUACAUUCUCGCACAACUACUCGGCGCCUUCUUUUCUGGAUUCAUCGCUUAUGGCAUUUUCUCAUCCCAAAUUCACGCUUAUAUUGCUUCCCCGGCUGCUGGACUUUNNACAGAGAAGGAAGCCACGCAAAAUGUUCUUAAUGCCUUCCUUACUGGUCUUCGCAAUGACAAUGUCACACUCGCAGCUGGAUACUUCACUGAAUUCGUAGCUACGGCGUUUUUGGCACUUGUUGUUCUUGCUCUCGGUGAUGACACAAACACACCUCCUGGCGCUGGCAUGACAGCCCUGAUCCUUGGUUUCGUCAUCUGUGUCUUGCUGCAAGCUUUUGGCAGCACCACUGGAGCAGCACUGAACUCUACCCGUGACUUGGGGCCCAGAUUAGCCCUCUAUGCCUUGGGCUUUGAUACAGAAAUGCUUUGGGGAGGCAACUGGUGGCUUUGGGGUCCUUGGUUGGCGUGUAUACCCGGCGGCAUCGUGGGCGCUACACUCUACGAUAUCUGCAUCUUUACUGGUGGAGAGAGUCCUGUCAACUACCCAAGAAAGAGAGUCUGGAGGGCUGGACACAAAGCAAAGAAGAAGUGGGCAAGAAGACUUAGACCUUGGAAAAAGGGCAAAAAGGCCAAGGAGCAAGAACAGGAGGCGGAACAGAAACCAUAG